UUUCGGAGCAUAAUUUAUUUUUGAAUACUUUUUAUAUUAUAAUUAUAUAUUAAAAUGACUACGGAUUUUCGGCGGGACUGGGUCAAAAACAGCGUCACCAGAUACUUUGGCCUAGAUUCUGGUGAAUAUUUCGAAAACAUGAUGGUCCAAAACGAUGAUUUGGAGUACCAGCUGACAUCGUUUUUGGAUGACGAUUUCCUCAAAAAGGAUGAAGCGCACAGGAGGCUAUUCUACAUCUAUAAGACCUCCUAUGAAAAGUUGAUCGAUGAGGAGAUCAUGGUGCCUGAAGUUGUUAAGAAAGCGUCAGUUCAUGAAGAAUCCGCCGAAGAAGAUAAGACAAAAAAAGGUAAAGGAAAAAAAGGAAAACAACAAAAAAAAGGAGGAAAGAAGCAAGGAAAGGGACAGAAGAAAGGAAAAAAGAAGGGAGACGGAAAAUUAACCUCUUCACCGUCUGCUGAAGGUACAGACAAGGAGGAAGGAGAAGAAACAAAGAUGGAAAGUGAACAAGAAGAAGAUAAACAAACGUCCACAGACGCAACAGAAAGCAAAGAAUCACAGAAACAUCACGAAGAACGUGAUGAACCGUCUCCAAAUCAGGGAACAGUCUCAGAAAUAACCGAAACAAUAGGACAAUCAACGGAAACAGAAACAGCGGAGAGUACAGAACCUGAAAGUACAACGGACAUAUCGAAAGUUAAGAAAAAGAAGAAAAAAGGAAAAAAGGGUGCUUCAGAAUCCGAACUAACAACUGAAGGUUCAAGUACUGAUCGAAGUGACAAAAAGAAAAAGAAGAAAGAGAAAAAAGGCAAGAAAGGUAAAAAGAAAAAGCAUAAGGAAGACAAGGAGGAACCGGAAACUGUGGAAGAGGAAGAACCAGAAAUUAUUUAUGUUCCGAAAAUUGUCCAAAAACUUGUCAUAGACCACACUUUGCAUGGGAACUUUGGGACCAUAAAUGAAGCUGUCAUUAACACAGACAACAAACGUUUUGUUUAUCUUUUUAGAAAAACCGAAGAAGGUAUUUCAGUCUCAAAUUUUGAUACACAGGAAGAAGCAGAAGCUGAAAUGCCAUCAUAUUUUUUGAUCGGCUCUUGCAAUGGAAAUUUCUUAAAUUCCUUGAAAUAUUCUUUCAAAGAACAAUUUAAGCCCAUGAUGAAGGAUUUUUUUGCAGAACCAGUCAUAAAAAGAACAGCUUAUAAAACACCUUCAGAUCAAGGUCUGAGUAAUUCAUCUGAUCAAGCCUUUAAAUCGCCGUCUGAUUUUCGAAAAAUUAGCCCUGACAAAGAGAAGAAAUCGGAAUCCAAAAUAAAAGCGACGGAAAGUACUGCUACAAAAGCUACGGUUGAAGAAUCGGAGGAACAGAAAGGCGGUACACUUUCUAGCACCCCUAUUAAGGAUGAUUUAAUGGUCGAAAUAACGGGACUAGAAAAAUCCUUAAACUGGACUUUAGAGCACGUAGACGAUGAUAUCGAUUUACCUUUAACCGCGUUUCCAGAAGUAUUAAUGACUGACGUUCCAAAUGAGGAGUUGAUCAAGGAUAAGAACCUUAUAGAAACACUACAAAACAUCGUCAUGGCUUGGGAACGACAUAUUCUUAAAGUUCUUGAAAUCUACUUAGCAAAGACCCCCGAGGGAUUUGGUCCUAUUCCUGAAUACGAAUAUUGGAGAGAAAGAGAAGCAGCUUUAAGCGCUAUAGUUGAACAGUUGAAAAAACCAUUAGUCGUUAGAGUUAAUGACGUUCUAGAGUUGGCAAAAUCUCCCAUCAUGGAUGCUUUUAUUAAUUAUUUAGUUGAUUUGAAGAAAUAUCAUAUUCAAGCUCGAGACAAUGUGAAGUUCUUAUCAACAGUUUUACGUCACUUUAAGACUGUAACAACAUGUGACGAUUUUGUGCGGGUGAAAGAGUGUAUUCCAGUUCUUAUUGAGGGUUUACAUCUUAUUUGGGUUUUAUCUCGAUAUUACUGUGAAGACGAAACGAUGGUUCCACUCAUGGAAAGAAUUGUCACUUGUUUGGUGGAAAAAGUUAGAGUUAAUUUAGACACUGAGUUUUUGUUUAGAAAUCCAAUAGAACUCAUCAAAAAGUUGACGCAGUCAGCUCGGGAGAUGCUUGAAAUUUGGAAGUCUUCAUACAUGGAAACGAGACAAAAAAUUGAAGAUUCUGGAAAAGGGCAAAGAUGGGAAUUUGACCAAAAGAAACUUUUUGCCGAAUCAGAUUAUAUGGCAACAGUUUGCAGAGAUUUGUAUGAUGUGGCCACUAUCGUUGAAGAAUUUAACAAUAUCUUUGGUCCUGAAUUACGAGCGAUGGUUGUCGACCCACAAAAAAUCGAUAACGUCGCGAAACGAGUUGAAAAAUUAGUUAUUCAAAUUGAAUCUGCGGACUUUGAUAUUUUUAGCACAAAUCAUAAGGAGAAUUGGGAAGCUAUCAUGAAUUUUUUUUAUAAGGAAGUCAGAAAAUUGGAGCUCGAAGGCGUUAAAUUCAUCGAUCAAAGCUUUAAGAAUCUUAGGUCAUCAGAAAGCGCUUUAGAAAUGCUUUCUAAAUUGAAAAAUGUUCAAACGAGACAAGUUAUUUUGGACAGACUAUUGACAAAGUUCGAUGUUAUUUUGGAUCAAUUUAAUAAAGAACUCCUGGUGAUUGAUGACGCGUUUACGAGGAAUAAGCGCCACCCUCCAAUCUGUAAAGAUCAUCCUCCACAUGGAGGAGCCAUAUUUUGGGUCCAGUCGCUUAUCAAUUUGGUGAAAAUGCCCAUAUUGAAAUUUCAAAAAGUUCCUGAACUUGAAAAUUCAAGUCAAAAAGAAGAAAUUUUUAAGAACUAUUUAAUGAUGGUGAAAACUUUAAGGUCCUAUCAAAAUUUUAAAUACAAUUUAUGGCUGGAACAUUCAAGUCCAAUCAUGGAUCAAGCGAUGCAGAUGGAUAUACUGAAGUUUGUGAAUGCCGCACCUCAAUCAAAAAGUCCUGAAAUCGGGAAGAAACAAUUCGGCAAAAGUGUGACGACGUUACAGUCAGGUUCUUCGUUGGCAACCCCAAGCAAAACUAGCUUGCAUCAGGUUCGGUCACAGCCUAAGGUUUUAAAAAUAUCCACGGCUGGUCACGUGGUAAAAUGGGUUUCGGGUAAAAAAAUGGCCAACCAAGUCAUGGACAAAAUUCGUUCUGAACGAAGUCUCACUUGGCACGAAGUCAUGGGCGACAAGAUAGUGGUUGAACAGAGUAUAGAAUUUGCUCUUAAUUUCAACGACGAUUUGUUCAGCUGCAUACGUGGUGCGGAACUGUUAGAUUCGCUAAAGUACGAACUCCCGGACAAGGUGAAAAUGAUUGCGUCUAGAAAGGAACGCCUGCAAAAAGACGUUUUUGCCGUUAAAAAUAUGCUGGAACUUUAUAAUGCUAUCAUGAAGAAACUAAGCGUUCCUCAGAUGAAUAUGCUAAGAAACAAUAUAAGACAAGUCGAGUUGUACAUUCAGCAAGGGUUAACCCGAAUUAACUGGACUUCUUUAGGCAUUGUAGAAUAUGCAGAGAACUGCAGUAAACAAAUUUAUUAUUUGCGAAACUUGUACAACCAGGUGGUACACAUUGAAAAUGAACUCAAGUUGAAGAUCAAAUUACUCUCUUCUUUCAAUCUUUUCGACUAUCAGACCGUUGAUGAAGAACCAGAAAGAUUACCGUGCAAACAAUUCUUUUUACAAAUGGCAGAAACACGAGUAAAACAAGUUUGUCAGAUGAUAAAGAUAUACGAAAGUCUGGGUCCUAUUUUAAUAAAAAUUGAAACUUUAGUGCUGGGUACGAAUACAGGACAAUCAUCGUACAUGGCCAGUAGUUACACAUUUUGGGAAGUGGAGAUCUAUAAGGCCUUUAUUAGCUUUACUCUUCGAAAUUUCGACACUUUCAUGUCGAAGAUGCAGUUAAAGAAACCGAUAUUUGAAGUUGACGCGGUUAUUGUAAGUCCUGAGCUAUUUCUAAAACCGACUUCGGCAGAAAUUUAUAACAUUAUGGUAAAAAGUGUUAGAGAUUUCCUCGAUAAGCUUAGAAGAUUUCCACGGUGGAUGAACGGCAUGUGUCUUUUAUCUCAACCACAGAAACUUCCUAGUGGAGAAGAUUACCUCUACUCGUUUUAUGACGAUGUUCUACGUGUCCCGGACGUUGCUGAUAUACUUCAAAAGCUUCAAGAUAUUGCCCAAAAGACGAUACUAGAAGUUCACAGACACCUACAGAAGUGGAGACGUUAUCGUAACAUAUGGUGCUAUGAUAAGGAAUACACCUGUGAAAAAUUUGUAGAAAAAAACAGCCAACGUGCGAAGUUUGAUGAAAAGUUCAUGUUCUAUGCCGACAUUAUAAGGGACAUGGAAAAUCAUGAGAAACAUGUUGAUGUUAUGUGCAUUCGUUUAAAUCUGAAACCUCUCUUGGAGACCAUAAUAGACCAUACUGUAGAAUGGAAAGACACACUUGGUGCAAUUCUCGAUCAGAACACUAAAACCAAGAUGGAUGAAAUGAAAAGUACGAUGGACGACCUUCGAUCAAUGGUCAACCAAAAUAUUAGAGGCUUAGAAAAGUUUAAAGUUGUGAUGAACGCAAUUGCAAGUAUACUAAAGAACAACGUCGACAUGGAAUUGGAUUAUCUAUAUUGUCAAGAUAUUUACGCCAUCUUGGAGCAACACGAUAUAGAUUUUGAUCCAGCACAUGAAGAACUGGCCUACCAACUCGAAAAAGACUGGAAAUCGCUUCAUUUUUCGGCACUGUAUAGAGAACAAAAGUUAGAACUGACCAAAGACAGAUUUGCUCAAUUGACUCUUAUAGAAAUUGAUGACUUUUGUCAAAUUCUAGCAGAAUUUGUUGCACGAUUUGAAGAAUAUGGACCUGGUGCAGUUGGUGAAGACUUAGAUAAAGGUGUUCUUUUGAUGGAAGAAUACGGUAAGGAAUUUGCCGAGUUAGAAGCGCGUCGAAUUGAUUUGGUUAACGCGGAAAUGCUGUUCGACAUCCCUCUAGCAGAUUAUUCUGAAUACUUAAGAGUGAAAGACGACUUUGACGCUAUGACGAUUAUUUACAAAUUUUAUAGAACUCAGAAACAUGCUAGAGAAGUUUGGGGGCGCACUCUAUGGGCCAAUCUAGAUCCUCAGGCCUUGAGUGAUGGUAUAGAUGGUUUUAUCCGGGACUACAGAAAAAUUCCAAAAGCAGUUAGAGCUCUUCCUGUUGGACAGACCAUGGAUUUGAAAAUGAAGCAAUUUAAAAAUGUCAUUCCUUUAAUGGUUGCACUGAAAAAUGAAGCUAUGAGAGAAAGACACUGGCAGGAAUUGAUGCAGAAAACUGGUAUUGAGUUUGAUAUGUCUCCAGAGAGAUUCACAUUAGACAACAUGUUUGCAAUGGAACUUCAUCGUUAUCAAGACAUUGCUGAAGAAAUAAUCAAUCACGCCAUUAAAGAACUGGCUAUAGAAAAAGGAGUCAAACAAAUAGCGGAAAUUUGGACUACUAUGAAUUUUAUAUUACACAAACAUAUGAAAGGGAAUGAAGACCGUGGCUUUGUGGUUGGUUCUACUGAAGAAAUUAUGCAAGUACUGGAAGAUAAUUCAAUGAAUUUACAAAGUAUGGCCGGAUCUCAGUUUGUAGGACCGUUUCUAGUACAAGUUCAAAAGCUGGAAAAAAGUUUAGCCAACAUUGGAGAAGUAAUCGACGAAUGGUUGUCAGUUCAAAGAAAAUGGUUAUACCUGGAAGGAAUCUUUAUCGGUGGUGACAUUAGAGCACAACUCCCAGAAGAAGCGAAAAAAUUUGAUGACAUCGACAAAUCAUUUAGAAGGAUCAUGAUAGAAACGGCAAAACGACCGAAUGUAAUGGAUAGUUGUAAUUCAGCUGGACGCCUAGAAGAAUUCCAAGGUCUUAGUGAGGGUUUAGACAAAUGUCAAAAAUCUCUAAACGAUUACCUAGAUUCGAAACGGAGACGUUUUCCAAGGUUUUAUUUUAUUUCUACCGAAGAACUCUUAUCCAUUCUUGGAAGCAGCAACCCAGAGGUGGUGCAAGAACAUAUGAUUAAAAUGUUUGACAAUAUCAAAUCUCUACGAAUGCAUUUAGACAAUAAUGACAGAAUGAUUGUUAGUGCUAUGAUAUCUUCGGAAGGGGAAGUAAUGGAAUAUCGCAAAGUUGUAAACGUUGUUGGGAAAGUAGAGGACUGGAUGAAUGAUGUAUUGAACGAGAUGCGUCGAUCAAAUCGAUUUAUUACAAAAAGUGCUAUUUUCUACUAUGGCAAAAUUAGAAGGCCACGAGCUGAAUGGAUGCUGGAAUAUCAAGGUAUGAUAUGUCUUGCUGGUAGUCAGGUUUGGUGGACAGCAGAAGUUGAAAAUGUUUUCGUCAAAAUCACGAAAGGUAACAAGAGAGCCAUGAAAGAGUAUCUUCAGACGUUAAAUAGUCAAUUAGACGAAAUAGUGAUAACAGUAAGGGCAGAUCUUUCCUCCAAUGACAGAAAUAAAUUUAGAACGAUAGCUAUAAUCGAAGUACAUGCACGUGAUAUUAUCGAAAGCUUUGUAACCAACAGUGUUACGGACAUUAGAGAAUUCGAGUGGGAGAGUCAACUGAGGUUCUAUUGGGUUAAUCAUUUGGACAACUUGUGGGUAACCCAAUGUACUGGAUCCUUUGAAUAUGGCUACGAAUACAUGGGAUUAAAUGGGCGUCUUGUGAUCACUCCUCUAACUGACAGAAUUUAUUUAACCGUCACUCAAGCGCUUAUCAUGCAUAUGGGAGGGGCUCCGGCUGGACCAGCCGGUACUGGAAAAACGGAAACUGUUAAAGAUUUGGCAAAAGCUAUGGCUUUGUUAUGUAUUGUCACAAACUGUGGCGAAGGAAUGGAUUUUAAAGCUAUCGGAACUACACUGGCAGGUCUAGCUCAAUGUGGUGCUUGGGGUUGCUUUGAUGAAUUUAAUCGAAUUGAUAUUUCCGUUUUGUCUGUGAUCUCUACACAACUGCAGACGAUCAGAAGUGCUCUUACGCUACAUCUUGAGAAGUUCACGUUUGAAGGGGCUGAAAUUAAUUUAGAUUCUAAAGUAGGAAUUUUUAUAACUAUGAAUCCUGGAUAUGCGGGAAGAACGGAACUACCAGAAUCCGUUAAAGCAUUGUUUAGACCCGUGGUUUGCAUCGUACCCGACUUGGAGAUGAUUUGCCUCAUUUCUCUAUUUUCGGAUGGUUUUCUUCAGGCCAAGCUUCUUGCCAAAAAGAUGACAGUUUUAUAUAAACUUGCCAGAGAACAAUUAUCUAAGCAAUUUCACUACGACUGGGGUUUGAGAGCUUUAAAUGCAGUUUUACGAAUGGCUGGUGUGUUAAAAAGAGCGUCUCCUGAUCUAAAUGAAGCUGUAGUGCUUAUGAGAGCUUUACGCGACAUGAAUCAUCCGAAAUUUGUGUACGAAGAUGUUCCUUUAUUUUUAGGUUUAAUUAGAGAUUUGUUCCCUGGUAUGGACUGUCCUAGAGUCGGUUAUCCUGAUUUUAAUGCUGCUGUAGAACAAGCUCUAAAAACACAUAACUACAUCGUACUGCCAUACCAAGUUGAUAAAGUCGUUCAAGUUUAUGAAACGAUGAUGACCCGACAUUCCACCAUGUUGGUAGGACCUACCGGUGGCGGUAAAACAGUCGUUAUUCAAGCAUUAGCACGUGCGCAAACUAUUCUUGGUUUGAAAACUAAGAUUUUUACAUUAAAUCCCAAAGCGUGUUCUGUUAUCGAGCUUUACGGAAUUCUAGAUCCAGUUUCUAGAGACUGGACCGACGGACUUCUAUCCAAUAUCUUUAGAGAAAUGAACAAACCCACUGAUAAACCAGAAAGAAGAUACAUUUUGUUUGAUGGAGAUGUGGAUGCGUUAUGGAUCGAAAAUAUGAAUUCCGUUAUGGACGACAACAAGUUGUUGACUCUUGCCAAUGGUGAGCGUAUCAGACUUCAAGUGCCAGUUUGUGCUCUACUUUUCGAAGUUGGUGAUUUACAGUAUGCUUCACCUGCGACAGUUUCCAGAGCUGGCAUGGUUUACGUUGAUCCUAAAAAUUUAGGUUUUCAGCCAUACUGGGAUCGGUGGGUUCAAAGUAGAAAUCAUCCUCCAGAACGGGAAGCAUUUCAAAUUUUAUACGAAAAGUACAUUCCCGAUUUGCUAGCUUAUGUUUUAGAAGGUGUAGUGGCUAACAAACAAGUUGCUCCAUUAAAAACCGUAAUUCCUCAAAGUGGGCUCAACAUGAUGACGCAGUUGUGUAUCAUGAUUAACGCAGUUUAUCCGCAACCAGUGGAAGAUACACGUGAUCCUGAAGAAGAAGUUGAUAUAGACUUGAUUGAAUCGAUUUUUCUUUAUUGCAUUUACAAUUCUGUUGGAGCAGCACUUCUUGAUAAAUGUCGUGAAGAAUUUGAUGAAUUUAUUAAGACGCUGUGCACCAUGUUAAAACAAGAUGACACGAUAGAUAAAAAGGCUGAUCACAAACAUCUACCCGCAUCUUUCCCUUCGCUGUAUGAUUAUUACUUUGAUGUAAAAGAAAAAGUUUGGACUGCGUGGAAGUGGGUGGUUCCUGAAUAUGUUCAUGAUCUCCAGAAGAGAUUUUCUGAAAUUCUAGUGCCAACUGUUGAUACUGCUAAGGUUACUUAUCUGCUGACUUUAAUGAAUAAAGUGGGAAGACCCAUUGUACUGGUAGGUGAAACUGGUACAUCCAAGACUGCCAUUAUUCAAAACUUUCUGAGAAAUUUAAACCAAGACAUUAACAUAUUGCUAAACAUUAACUUUUCGUCCAGAACUACAUCUAUGGAUGUACAGAAAAAUUUAGAAUCAUCUGUAGAGAAACGAACUAAAGAUAUUUACGGUCCUCCACUUGGAAAAAAAUUGAUAUGUUUCAUAGAUGAUAUGAACAUGCCCCAAGUUGACGAAUACGGAACGCAACAACCUAUUGCACUAUUAAAGUUGCUCUUUGAAAGAAAAGGAUUUUUUGAUAGAGGAAAAGACUUGAACUGGAAAAUUCUUAAAGAUGUUUCGUACUUCGCUGCAAUGGGUGUGGCAGGUGGAGGUCGAAACGAAGUUGAUCCUCGUUUCAUGUCAAUGUUUUCCGUAUUUAAUCUUGUUUUUCCUACGACAGAAACUUUACAUCAUGUAUAUACUUCAAUCCUACAGGGACAUUUGCAAGCAUUCCCUGAAGAAGCACACCAAGCAAGCACUUUAAUCACAAUGACGCUGAAUCUCUACAACGUAAUUAUUGUACAACUGCCUCCAACUCCAAGUAAAUUUCACUACAUUUUUAAUAUGAGGGAUUUAUCAAGGAUCGUAGCUGGAAUGUGUAAAACUACACCGAAGUUCUUUUUUGCUGUUCAUCAGAUUGUUAGAGUUUGGAGGAACGAAUUUACACGAGUCAUCUGUGAUCGACUUAUUAAUACAGAUGAUCAAAAUUUUAUGACCGAUCAAAUUAAAUCGCAGAUAGAAAAGUACUAUCCUGCUAUAGUCAAAGAAGAAGUAGUAAUUCCAGAAAAUAUUGAAGAGUUGUCAACAUUUGAAUUUCAAGAUCCAGCCGAACAAGUGCAAGAAGCACCAUCUGAAGAACCAGAAGAACGCGUCGACGUUACAGAAUAUGCAAUGAGAGAUCCUUUACUGUUCGGAGAUUAUCGUAACGCGGUUAACGAAGACGAAAUUAGAUAUUACGAAGAUCUUUUAGAUUACGAAGCGAUUUAUUUCCUUUUCCAGGAAAUUAUGGAAGUGUAUAAUGAACGUAACGAUAAAAUGAAUAUCGUGCUUUUUGAUGAUGCUUUGGAACAUUUAACUCGUAUCCAUAGAGGAAUAAGGUUAGAAAGGGGGCAUGUGAUGUUGGUGGGAGUAGGAGGAAGUGGCAAAACUAGUCUGACCAGAAUUGCGGCUUUCACGGCGAACUGCGAAGUUUUUCGAAUCGUCCUUUGCAAAGGGUACAAUGAAACCACGUUCAAAGAUGAUUUAAAGACGUUAUAUACUCAAUUAGGAGUUUCUGGAAAACCUACCGUUUUUUAUUUUACUGCGGCUCAAAUCGUAGAGGAAGGCUUUUUAGAAUUCAUUAAUAACAUUUUGAUGAUUGGUAUAGUGCCAGCGUUAUUUACUGAUGACGACAAAGAACAAAUUAUUUCGCAGCUAAGAACUGCUGCUGUAAAUGCAGGUUAUGGAGUGGCGAAAGAUUCGGUUUGGCAGUAUUUUCUUCAUCGAUGUGCUGAUAAUUUGCAUUUAGUACUUGCGAUGUCUCCUUCUGGUGACAUCUUAAGUAAAAGAUGUAGAAGUUUUCCUGGUUUGGUUAACAACACAACCAUCGACUGGAUUUUCAACUGGCCAACCCAGGCAUUAUUUGCAGUAGCACAAGUUUUCCUCAAAGAGAAUCCAAAAAUUCCCGAAGUAUAUCGCGACAGCAUAAUAGAACACGUUGUGCAUGUCCACAAAAGUAUGUCAGAUUACGUAAGAGAUUACCUCCUGACACUGAGAAGAAAAAAUUACGUCACACCUAAACAUUAUUUGGACUUAAUGCAAAUAUACUUAAAACUCUUGGACGAAAAAAAUGCGUACAUUGACAGUCAAUGCAAUCGACUUCAAAGUGGAAUGACAAAAAUUAAUGAAGCAAGUGCCGAGCUCGCCGUAUUAAACAAAAAACUAGCGAAACAAAAAAUUCGAGUAGAAGAAGCAACACGACAGUGCGAAGAGAUGUUGGCUGAAAUCGACGAAGGAACGAGAAAGGCAACGGAGAAAAAAGACUUGGCAUCUUUAAAAAGUAGUGAAAUUGAAGAACAAGCUAGAAUUAUUAGUUUGGAGCAAGCUGAUGCUGAAGAGGCGUUAGCUGCAGCUUUACCUGCGCUAGAAGCUGCCAGAUUAGCAUUAUCAGAUUUGGAUAAAGCUGACAUUACUGAAAUUCGAUCCUUUGCUACGCCGCCAGAAGCCGUGCAAACCGUAUGUGAAUGUGUCGCUAUAAUCAGAGGGUACAAAGAAAUCUCGUGGAAAACAGCGAAAGGAAUGAUGGCCGACACGAAUUUCUUGAGAACUCUGCAAGAAAUGAAUUGUGAUCUUAUCACUCAAGCACAACAACGAGCUGUUAAAGCGCACAUGAAGAAGUCCUCUAAAUUAGACGAUAUGGCGUCCAUCAGCAAAGCAGGUUAUGGUCUUCUAAAGUUCGUGCAAGCUGUGUUGGGAUAUUGUACUGUUUAUCGCGAAGUAAAACCCAAGAAAGAGAGAGUAGAACAACUGCAAAGAGAUUACGACGCAGCAAAGAAAAGUCUAGAAAAACUGUACAAUGAAAUAGCGAAGUUGGAAGCAGCUUUAGCUGAAUUAAAUCAAAGGUAUGCUAAAGCCAUGAAAAGACGGCAAGAACUUCAAGAAGAGACCGAUAUAAUGAUGAGACGACUUAUUGCCGCUGACAAACUCAUCACUGGUUUGAGCUCGGAAAGGGACCGAUGGACUAAAGAUCUAGAAAAUUUACACAUGGAAAAAGAUAGACUAGUUGGAAAUUGUUUGUUAUCUGCUGCUUUCUUAAGUUACGCAGGUCCGUUUACUUUCGAAUUUAGAAGACAGAUGAUUUACGAGGACUGGCAAAGUGAUAUUUUGGAAAGACAAAUACCCUUAACACAACCCUAUCGAAUUGAAGGAAAUCUUACUAGUGACGUGGAGAUUAGUACGUGGAAUUCUGAAGGUCUUCCACCUGAUGAACUAUCUGUUCAGAAUGGUAUACUGACUUUGAAAGCAUCUAGGUUUCCACUUUGCAUCGAUCCUCAGCAACAAGCACUCAAUUGGAUUAAACGAAAAGAAGAAAAGAAUAACUUGAAAAUUUUGAAUUUUAAUGAUUCCGACUUUCUUAAGUUUUUGGACAUGGCUAUCAAGUACGGUUCUGCGAUAUUAUUUCAAGAUGUUGAUGACUAUAUAGAUCCAGUUGCGACUAACGUUAUAGAGAAAAACAUAAAAACCGUUUCGGGAAGGGUUUUUGUAAUGUUAGGAGAUAAAGAAGUCGACUACGAUCCGAACUUUAGGAUGUAUAUGACAACAAAAUUUUCUAAUCCGGUUUUUAAUCCAGCAGUAUAUGCCAAUGCGGUUGUUAUUAACUACACAGUAACGCUAUCUGGUUUAGAAGACCAAUUAUUGAGCGUCGUCGUAAGAAAUGAAAGACCCGAUUUAGAAGAACAAAGAGAAAGUUUAAUUAAAGAAACUAGCGAAAAUAAGAAUUUGUUACAAAAUCUUGAAGAUUCUUUGUUGAGGGAAUUGUCAACUACAACAGGGAACAUGUUGGAUAAUGUUGAAUUAGUGGAAACUUUGGAAAACACUAAAUCUAAAGCUAAAGAAGUGUCUGAUAAGUUGAUAUUAGCUGCAGAAACUGCCCAGGAUAUCAAUAAACUCAGGGAUGGUUAUCGCUCCGUAGCUCAACGAGGUGCCAUUUUGUUUUUCGUUUUGUCGGAUAUGGCUGGAGUGAACGCUAUGUAUCAGUAUUCAUUGGCUUCAUAUUUAGAAGUAUUUGCUUAUUCUCUUCGAAAAGCACUACCUCAUACGAUUCUUGUAAAACGAUUAAGCAAUAUUAUAAACACUUUAACAAAAAAUGUUUACGAUUAUGGGUGCACCGGAAUCUUUGAAAUCCAUAAGCUGCUAUUUUCGUUCCAAAUGACCACCAAACUCGAACAAAAUGCACAACAUAUUUCUCAACAAGAACUGGAGUUUUUCAUUAAAGGCUCUGUGACAUUGGAGAAAACUCCUCGAGAAAAUCCAACAAAGUUUAUAUCUCCUAGCGGUUGGGAAGAUUUAAUGAAAUUAAGCACAGACUUUCCCGAUGCCUUUAAUGAACUUCCUGAUGAGGUAAAGAGACGUUUAGACGAAUGGCAACGGUGGUACGAUUUGGACGCUCCAGAAUCUACGGAUUUCCCGUGUGGGUACAAGCAAAAAUUGAAACCGUUCGAAAUACUGAUGUUACUACGAUGUUUCCGGGUUGAUCGCGUGUAUAGAGCUGUGGGUGAUUACAUCACAGAAGUUAUAGGAGAGGAAUACAUAAUGCCUCCAGUUAUCAGUUUCGACGGCAUCUACGAACAAAGUAGUCCACUGACACCUGUGAUAUUCGUUUUAAGUCCCGGUUCCGAUCCAACAGCUGAGUUGAUGAAAUUAGCCGACAGAAGUGGUUUUGGUGGAGGAAAGUUCAGAUAUCUGUCACUUGGUCAAGGCCAGGAAGCUGCUGCUUUAGCACUUUUAGAGACCGCCGUUGCAAGAGGACAGUGGUUGAUGUUUCAGAACUGUCACUUGUUGCUAGCUUUCAUUCGACAACUGGAAAAACAGUUGGAAAAAGUUUCGAAACCCCAUCCCGAUUUUAGACUGUGGCUGACCACAGAUCCUGUCAACAACUUUCCCAUUGGUAUUCUUCAAAGCUCUCUGAAAGUGGUUACGGAACCACCUAACGGACUUAAGCUGAAUCUGAGGAACACGUAUUUUAAAAUCAGAGAACAAACGUUGGAAGCUUGUGCUCACCCUGCAUACAAGUCGUUAAUUUAUGUUCUUGCUUUCUUCCACGCAGUUGUGCAAGAACGUCGAAAAUAUGAUAAAAUUGGAUGGAAUAUUUGCUACGACUUUAAUGAGUCAGAUUUCCAAGUUUGCGUGCAAAUUUUGGACACAUAUUUAACGAAAGCUUUGGAAGCUAAGGAUACGAAAAUGCCUUGGAACAGUCUCAAGUAUUUAAUUGGAGAAGUGAUGUAUGGAGGGCGAGUUAUUGAUGAUUUUGAUAGACGUAUUGUUGCCACAUAUAUGGAUGAAUACAUGGGCGACUUUCUUUUUGACACGUUUCAACCUUUUCAUUUUUAUCACGAUAACACCGUCGAUUAUGUAGUACCACCGGAUGGUGUAAAGGACGACUACAUUGCUGUAAUCGAUGAACUUCCGUUAACAAACAGUCCAGACGUUUUCGGUUUACAUCCGAAUGCAGAAAUUGGCUAUUAUACACAAGCUACAAAAGAAAUGUGGCGACUACUGAUCGAAUUACAACCACAAACAGCUACUAGUGGUGAGGGAAUAAGUCGGGAAGAAUUUAUCGAAAACGUUACCAACGACAUACUACAAAAGAUACCCGAGGAAUACGAAGUGUGGAAAAUUAGACGAUCCUUUCAAAGAGUUAUGUCUCCGACUGUAGUCGUACUUUUGCAAGAACUAGAACGAUUCAACAUUUUGAUAGCAGUAAUGCGGCGUACUUUAACCCAACUUUUGAAAGCACUAGCAGGCGAUAUCGGCAUGGACGCAGUUCUGGAUAACGUUGCAUAUUCUCUAUAUAACGGUCAACUACCAAGUGCUUGGAGGAAACAAAGUCCAGCAACUUGUAAGAGUUUAGGAGGUUGGAUCGAACAUUUUGAAAAACGACAACAACAGUUCUUCAGCUGGUCAAAUACGGGAGAACCAGCAGUAUUGUGGAUCUCAGGGAUCCACAUUCCAGAAACAUAUCUAGCUGCACUGGUACAAAUUGCUUGUCGACUGAAUAACUGGCCGUUGGAUAGAUCAACUUUGUAUACCAACGUCAGCGAAUAUGUUGAUCCGAAUGAUGUCACUCUUCGACCACCUCCAGGGAAUUGCAUGAUUCAUGGUUUAUACUUGGAAGGAGCUGCUUGGGAUACAGAAAACAGACGUUUAAGAAGGUCUACACCGAAAAUUCUAGUAGAGCCGCUGCCCGUUAUGAACGUUAUUCCUAUCGAGGCUUUCCGAUUGAAACUGCAAAAUACUUUAAGGACACCAGUGUACACGACCUCGUUGCGACGAAACGCCAUGGGUGUGGGCCUCGUUUUCGAGGCCGACCUAGGAACCCCCGAACAUAUUAGUCAUUGGAUUUUACAAGGAGUCUGUUUGGUUUUAAAUACGGACUGAAUAUCUACCACAUAAGUUUUGAAUAAAAAUAACUGCAACAAGA